AUGCAGAAUAUAAAUUCGGUGGGACAGAAAUCAGAAAUCUCGCCACAAUACAAAUUGGGAGUGAAUAUUAAUGGUCAAGAAGUAUCCAUGGAAAUUGACACUGGAAGUUCAGUAACAUUAAAUUCUAGUGAUUUUGAAAGAAUGGGUGGGGACACAAAUGUUUUGAAACUUGCUACAGUGGUACUUAAAAGUUAUACGGGAAAUGAAAUCAAGUGCUAUGGAGAAGACAACAUGAAAGUCAAAGUGGGAGAACAAGUAAGUGACAUAAAAAUUCGAGUGGUUGAAGGACCAUCACUACUAGGACGUGAUAUUAUGACUAAAUUUAGACUACCGUGGCACAACAUUUUCAGUAUUGUUCCUACCACUGCAGAGGAUAUUAUACAACAAUAUCCUGAACUGUUCGAUGAAAGAGGAGUAGGAAAACUGAAGGGGGUACAAGUGUCAUUAAGAGUAAAUGAUGAUAACCCUGUGUUUAUGAAACCCAGAGUGGUACCUUUUGCAAUUCGGAAAAAAUAUGAAGAAGCAUUAGAGAAACUAGUCCAGGGUGAUAUUAUUGAAAAAGUAGAGCACUCGGAGUGGGCUUCACCGACGGUUCCUGUGAUUAAGCCUGAUGGCAAUGUAAGGAUCUGUGGAGAUUAUUCUGGUACAAUUAACCAGGCAGCUACAUUAGAACAAUAUCCAGUACCUACAUUUGAAGAGUUACUAAGCAACCUUUCAGGGGGAACGAAAUUUACGAAACUUGAUCUUUCACAGGCAUACCAUCAAUUAGAACUCACCCCUGAAAGUAGGAAGUACACAACAAUAAAUACGCAUCAUGGGUUAUACCAGUACAAACGAUUAGUUUUGGGGGUAAACAGUGCGGUGUCCAUCUUCCAACGUACCAUAGAAAAUGUACUCAAAGGUCUUCCAGGAUGCUGCGUUCGGAUUGAUGAUAUUUUGGUAACAGGAAAAACUGAUGAGAUUCAUAUGGAGAAUUUGCAUCGUGUUCUGCAAAGAUUACUAGAUAGCGGGCUUAAACUCAAGCGUGAGAAAUUCCAUUUCAUGCUCGGGGAAGUUAUUUAUUUGGGAAUGUGAAUCUCGGAAGCCGGCAUUUCACCAACAGAGGAGAAAGUGCAAGCCAUCAAAGAUGCCGCCCCUCCGGCAAACGUUUCUGAGUUGCAAUCUUUUAUUGGUACAGCAAAUUUCCUGCGUAAGUUUGUGCGAGGGUUCGCAGAAAUUAUGACACCUUUGUACAAAUUACUUCGGAAAGGAACUCCAUGGAAAUGGAGUAAAACUAAACAGGAAGCAGUUACUACUAUCAAGUCGGCAUUGUGUUCGGAUUCUAUAUUAAGACAUUACGACCCAGCUGCUGAGUUGGUAUUCCAGUGUGAUGCAUCUUCUAUAGGAGUUGGAGCUGUACUGCUCCAGUCUGGUCAUGAUGGCGCAUUACAACCAGUAGCAUACGCUUUUAGAACUCUUAAUGCAGCUGAGAAAAAUUACGCUCAAAUUGAACGUGAAUCGUUAGCAAUUGUAUUUGGAGUUACAAAAUUCCGUCAGUAUUUACUUGGCAGACAUUUUAAACUCCUAACAGAUCAUAAACGGUCGAUAACCUUACUGGGGGAACAUAAGUCAGUUCCACAGUUAGCGUCGGCACGGAUUAAGAGAUGGUCCCUUCUUCUGGCAGCAUACAUGUACAACUACACGAUUGAGUUUUAUUUCUGGAAAAGAAAAUGUCUAUGCAGACUUUCUUUCAAGGAAACCUAUUAACAUACAACCAACUCCGGAGGAACAGGUAGAGGUUAGAGUCAUGUUUAUUGAAGGAGAACAAAUUGUUAAUUCCACAAUGGUUGCCAUGGAAACUAAGAAAGAUCCAGUCUUAAGUAAAGUACUAGAUUUUACGAAGAAUGGGUGGCCAGAAAAACCACAACCUGAAUUACAACCUUAUCAUACUAGGCGAUUAGAAUUAUCACAUGAAGAUGGAAUUUUGUUGUUGGACACUCGAGUUGUAAUUCCAGAAUCAUUACGCGAUAUUCUACUGAAGGAUUUACAUGCCGAACAUUUCGGAAUAGUGAAGAUGAAACAAUUGGCGCGUAAAUACCUAUGGUGGCCUAAACUUGACAAAGAAAUCGAAGAAACAGUUAAGUCUUGUAGGGCAUGUCAGGAAGAAGCCAAAUCACCAAAUGCAUCUCAACAAGGAUCAUGGUCUUGGCCUGGAGGCCCUUGGAAGCGUAUUCAUAUAGAUUACGCAGGUCCAUAUCUAGGGAAAAUGUUCUUAGUCGUUGUCGACGCCUAUUCCAAGUAUCUUGAGAUUGUCCCAAUGUCUAAUGCUACUUCAACUACGACCAUAACAGCUUUACGACAUAUUUUCAGCAAUUUUGGACUACCUCAACUCAUUGUUUCAGAUAAUGGUAGCCAAUUUACCAGUGAGGAGUUUCAGAAAUUUCUGAACGAUAACAAUAUUCAACAUACUACUCAUUCCGCUGCGUUGUUUGUUUGUCAAUGUUUAAUGUGGUAG